AUGGUGGAUCCGAAUCGUAAAAUCAAUCUUCUAGCCAAAGAUAGUCCCCUUCUGGAAGAUUGCGAAAAGGAAUUCGCCCGUCGCUUCACCGACGACGACCGGGAAUUUAUGGCACACUGUCGGAAUCCGGUGCCAGAUCCCCCUCUGAUAGAUAACUGGGCAGGAGGAGGUAGUGGCGGUAGCAGCGGCGGCGGUGCUGUUGGAAGUGCAGGUGGUGGACAUGACACGUAUAAUAAUCGUUUCCAGCGUCGAAGUGGUGGUCACAAUCGAGGGUGGCAAAGACGCGUGGGCGGCGGCGGUGGUGGCGGCGGCUAUCACAAUAGUUAUAAUAACCACAAUAAUGAUAGACCAUAUCACAGAGAUCGUCGCAAUAGAGAUGAGUCGCGCCGGGAAAGGAGUGGAGGGCGGGAAAGAACUGGAGAAAGGGAAAGAACUGGAGAGCGUACAUAUGAUCAUCGUUCGAGGCAUAGUUACGGGCCAGAUAGUGGUAGUGGUGGCGGCGGGAGUGGCGACCGAGGUGGUAACACCAGCCGAAGUGGCGGCAGCUCCAGCAAUGGACCAAUGCGGGUUCGUCGGGAUUAUGGAAAUUUUGUGCCUGCAUCUAAGGAUUAGUUGUUAAUUUUAAAUUCUAGUUACCUUGAGAAAUAUGCAAUUCAAAACAAAGUAAUAAGAUGAUUGAUUUUA